AUGAGGAUUUUCUUUUUGGUACAUUUAAUAUCAAUAGCAGGUUUGAGUCAAUAUGUUCAUGGAAGACUAACCCGUUCAACAACAGAUUUUGGUUUAUUGGAACCACAAUUUUUACCUGGAACAAUUACAACUUUAAUACAAACUGCAAGAAAAAUAAUCGGUGCAAAUGUAGAGCCAAUGUCGGUAAUUGGAGAAGGUAAUUCGCAAACAAAAGAACAAGAUUCUGAAAAGCUUUAUAAUGAAGCAGUUUCAUCAGCUGUUUCAGUUUACCAAAAAGCAAUGAAUGAUGCUACGAAUAACAGAUUAAAGCAGAGAGAUGUUGUAAGUAGCAUGCCAGUUGUUAAUACACCAAGGGAUCCGGCUUGUUCAGUAAUGAUUACAGGUGAAUUAGCUUUGGCUUUGGAUCCAAAAAAUCUUUUUGAUGUUGAUUUACUUGGAGUCAAAAUUACCAAAAACGAUUUAAUGUUUAUGACAGAUUUAAAGAAUCCUGAGAGUCUUGUUAGAAGUUUCUCCCUUAAUAAGAUUGAGGUUCCUUUGGAAUCUGUUCAAAACAGCAGAAAGUGUUUUAGAAUGUACUUUGAUGGAUCACCAGUAGUAAUGUGUGCAAAGUCUGAUGAAGAAAGAAAUGAAAUGAUGAAUAAAUUGACAGAAGCUAUUUUCUGCAAAAAUAGCGGAAUUACAUUCUCAAAAGUUGCUGGUAAUAUUGAAAAUACUGGAUUAUCAGACUCUUCAUUGGGAGUGCCUGCACUUACAACAAAAGAUUUAAGAUGGAUUGAACAAAUUGCAAAGAGACAAAUUCAAAUGGCAGGAAAUGUACAAUCUAAUGUUCUUAAUUGGUUAAAAACUAAAGGAACACAACGUGUUGUAGUAAAAGAUUCUCUUGGAUUUAAUCCUCAAAUUACUGUAAAUGGUGAAAAGGUUAUAUAA